UUCGGCAAGAAGAGCGACGACGGCGACGAUUCCAACAGGAAUGCCCUAUUCGGCAGUCGCAAGAAGAACUCGCCCGCCCCCUCGGACAAUCCGUAUGCCAACCAGAACCAAGGCACCAACGAUCCAUAUGCCGAGCAAACGAAAUAUGCCAACAUGGGCUCCUAUCAGCCAGGCCCAAACAACGGUGCUCGACCGCCUCCUGCUGGAAAUGGCUAUGGUUCAUACCAGAAUGCACCCCCCCAGCAGAAUGCUUCCCCAGGAUACGGCAGCGACCGAUACGGCUCAGGCGGUGGCUAUGGCUCCAACCGCUACGACAGCGGCCCAAACAACAAUGCCUCGGCGGGAGCUAGAGGCCCUGGAGGUUAUGGUGGCUUUGGCCGUGAUGCACCCGACAGCAACAGAGAUGCACUCUUCGCCGGAGCACAAGAGAGACUCGAACAAAAGCAGCAGCAAGCUGUCUCUAAUCCACAGUCAGGCACCUCUGGAGGUUCCUAUGGAGGCUAUGGCGAGCAGCGGGAAAUGACAGAGGAGGAGCAAGAGGAGGCCGACUACCAGGCGAUCCUUGCCGAGAAGAGACAGGUUCAGCAGGAAAGUGUGGCAUCAGUAACACGCUCGGUACAGAUGGCCAGGCAAGCCAACGAAGUCGGACGUGCCACUCUGGCUCGUCUUGGUGCACAGGGCGAACGACUGCACAAUACCGAGAAGAACCUGGACCUUGCGGCCAACCAGAAUAAGAUUGCUCAGGACAGGGCAGCAGAGUUGAAAACACUCAACGGCAGCAUGUUCGCAGUCCACGUCGGAAACCCUUUUACCUCCAAACAGCGACAACAAAAAGCCGAUGAGGAAGUACUGAAUCGUCACCGGGCUGAGCGAGAGCAACGAGAAGCGACACGGCGAGACGGCUAUGCAGCAACCCAGCGCAUGGAGCAAAACAUGCGCCAACUCGGGGGUGGCGGCAUGGGCCGGGCACAAGGCCGCAAGAAGGAUUACGGCAAGUUUAACUUGGACGAUGAAGAAGGUGCCGACGAACUCGAAGACCAGAUCGACGACGGUCUCACCGAAUUGGAGGGCCAGGUCAAGAUGAUGAACAUGGUUGGCCGAGCCAUUGGCGCCGAGGUAGAUGCCCAGAACACGCAGAUCGAUCGGAUUAUGAACAAGAGCGAUGCUGUUGACGAUGCUACGAGAAUGAACAGAGAACGGUUGGCCCGUAUU